GUAUAAUUUCCGCACCGAUAUACAAACCAUUUUCUCUCUCCCUCACUCGCUUUCCGUCGCACUACGACUCUCAACAACGUAUGAAACUUCCCCUCUUCCCCACUUGUCUCCGCAAAUGCAUCCCAAGAGUCGUCCCAAAGCCGUUUCUUUUUUCUUCUUUCAUCUAAUUCUCCAGCAAGUUUAACAUUACAAGGAACCGAGGAAACAGGAAUGGGCAAAGCUUCGAAGUGGUUCCGCAGUAUCCUCGGCCUCAAAAAAACCGACUCCAACCACCAGCCUUCUUCGUCUACCAAACGCCGUUGGAGUUUCGUCAAAUCCUACCGUGAAAAGGACUCCUCCGUCACCCCCGCUACCAAACAUGCCGCCACGAACAGCAAUAGUAACAGUAAUGCGAAGUCGUCGUCGCUGUACGGUCGUCAACAGCAGCAGAAAGACUCUGCUUCUCUUGUUGAUGGGAAUGGCGAGCGUGAAGUAGUGGAUCCUAAUAAGCACGCCAUCGCUGUGGCUGCCGCUACCGCCGUGGUUGCCGAAGCGGCCGUUGCGGCUGCUCAAGCUGCAGCGGCCGUGGUUAGGCUCACCAGUAGCAGUGGCAGGUGCGCGCGUGAUACGGUGGCUCAAGUUACCAGCAGCUGCGGGGCACAAGAGGAGUUAGCUGCGGUUAAGAUACAAUCUGCAUUUCGUGGAUAUCUGGCAAGAAGGGCGUUGCGAGCACUAAAAGGAUUAGUGAGGCUUCAGGCGUUGGUUAGAGGUCAUAUAGAGAGGAAGAGAACUGCAGAAUGGCUAAGAAGGAUGCAAGCAUUAUUGCGAGCACAAGCACGUGCUCGUGCCGGGCGGGCCCAAAUUUCCGAGUCUUCACAAUCAAGCAGCAAAUCUUCUCACUUCCACCAUCCGGGUCCACCAACCCCUGAAAAGUUUGAACAUGUCAUUCGAUCUAAGAGUACAAAAUAUGAACAAUCAUCAAUGAUGAAGAGAAAUGGAUCAAAGUCGAGUGGAAGGGCACUUGAUAAUCAUGAGAGAAUGCACCCAGGUUGGGAUCAGUCAGACCAUCGAAUUAAUGAACGAUCACGGGGCCAACGAGUGCAUUCAACCAGAAUUGGUCCUGUGGAUGAUGAAAAGAAUGACAAAAUUCUCGAGGUCGAUACUGGGAAACCCCAUUUCACCUCUAAACGCAGAAACCUAUUUCACUCCACACAUCUUGCUUGGAAUUCUGGUCUACAUAGUUGUAGUUUCACAAAUUCUAAAGACUCACACCAAACAGCUCCUAGUCCUUCAUCUGGUGAAGUUCAGUCUUCAAGUCCAUUAAAGUUCUCUCAUGAGUUCAAGGAAAGCCCUUUCUGCGCUGCUGAUGAUAGUCCGCAAUUCUAUUCAGCGUCAUCAAAAGGGGUUAGUUCCAUGAGAAGCCCCUUCACUCCUGGUAGGAGUGAUGGCUCCAGAAGCUAUCUAAGCGGUUACUCAGACCACCCAAAUUAUAUGUCUUACACUGAAUCUUCAAGGGCCAAGGUGAGGUCUCUCAGUGCUCCAAAACAAAGGAUCCAGUAUGAGAGAUCUAGUUCAACAAAGAGGUAUUCCAUUCAUGGUUUCGGUGAACUGAAAUCAAAUUCACAGAAGUCUGCCUUGCAUGCAAACUUCGCAAGCAAAGCUUAUCCAGGGUCAGGUCGCUUGGACAGGCUAGGAAUGCCCGUUGGAUAUAGAUACUAAUGUACCUAGUUGUUUUACCUUAUGCAUUAGAAAUGUUUAAUUCAAGAUGCUUAGGUUUAAUUAUGAUGACUCUGACCUAGCUUUAUGUCUACUGUAGCCAUCUUUAUGUUUUAGUGCAUAUGACUUCUUAAGAAUUGGUACUCAAACAGUACUUUGCAGGAAGUUAACUUAUGAAAAGAUAAUAUGAUAAACAUAAUGAUACAAGCA